ACUCCACACGGGACCAGGAGCUCUCCGCAAUGUCUCCGCGUUGACAGGCCCUUAUAACAAUAUCGCAUACUCGUGAGCGACUUUCCUCACACAUUCACCACCAAAUACACACCACAGGAAAUACCGUCAAAAUGGCUCCCGUCCCUCUCACAAUCAUCAAAGGCGCCGGCCAGCAGCACAUCCCGAUCCCCGAAGGCGAAUCCGCCAUCGUCGCAGACUUCCACUCGAUCCAGACUCAAACUCAAGAAGGCGUUGGCCCGACCUACCUCACAUCCGGCUUCUACCGCAUCCAGCCUGGCCCAACCCGCAACAUUCCCACCUACACAUACGAGGAGACCAAGUACGUCCUCAACGGACAGAUCGACGUUCUCGAUGAGGCGACCGGCGUCACACACCACUUGGUGGCUGGAGAUUGGGCGUUCUUCCCGGUGGGCAGCAAGGCGCAGUUCUCGAGCAAGAGUGGUGGAACGGCUUUCUUCGCGGUGACGAGGCCGGUCAUCAACACGCAUCCGGGCUUGGUGGGAAGGGCGGAGAAGGUGCCAGGAACCCAGAGCAGGCUGUAGAAUGGCUAGGAUUGGGUAGUUCUAGCUACCCAUGCCUGCGAUGGAUGGUCUCAUGAGCGACGGAUCAAGCUGAUCGGGUCCUGUAUACUCACAUCAAUGUCAACAUCACUUUCG